UUUAAUUUUUGUUUAGUGAUGUGUAACAAAUGGAGGGAGCUAGUAAAAUUUGCAUACUAAUGAGGCUCAGGGAACGGGAAAGUUCAAUCAGACGAAGUGUAAACAAGCUGAAAAUAAGAAGAAAACUAUAAUGGCCGCAGCUCAUACUUUACCCCCUAUACAAGGGGCCAAAGCAGGGGGCAGUUCUGGAAUGAUGGGCUCCAUGAAGCACAGCCAGCCUGUCCAUUUUGCUCCAGCUCCCCCUAAAGGUCCCCCUAGUGGUCGCUUAAAGCCCUUACCCAAAAAGAUGAAAAGUGUGGAAAAGGAACCUGCAUUUUCCCAACCAAUGCUUACCAAACGACAAACUAUGGCGUUCCGAAAUACGUAUAAACACAACUUGUGUGUGGAAAUGUUGCAGAAUGGAUUUCAUUUAUCGUUUUGUGAACUGUUUUCAUUAAUUAAACGGCAAGAGGAUAGUCGCCAAGAUGCAGGACCAGAAUCUCUUAUGUGGUCAAUGACAUUAUUAAAAGAUGAACAUGAUAAACUGGAUGUAUUGAAAUUACACCUUACACGAGCAGAACAUGCACAGAGAAAAGGUGAUUUCAAAGAAGUAUACAGGGCUAGAUUUGAGCUUGCACGCUACUUCCAAUCGGCCGGAGACAAGUGGCUUGCAGACCACUUCUUUGAAACAUGUCUACAGACUGCUACACAGGUUGAAGAAGAUGGUGGGAAGAUGCAGGCUGAGGGCUUCUGCAACGUGGCCUUAGCACAAGAGGAAAACUGCGAGUAUGCAGCUGCAGCUGAGCAUUUUGAGGCCUACCAUAAGCUGGCUGUACAAAAUAAGGACUGGACUACAGCUGAUGGCAUCUCCUUCCUCACAGAUGCCUGCAUCAAUCUGUCCAGAAUCUACACAACACUGGGCACAAAGGCAGAACCAGACAGUAUGGAGCUGAUGCUGGAAAAUCUGACCAAAGCAUACAAUAUGGCUAAAGAAAGCAAGCAAGAGAAGUUGGAGGGAGAGUCUGCCUAUAGACUGGGCCUGGCCAUGGAUGAGGCCGGACAGGCAGAGACAGCCCUGCAGCAUUUAAAUACAUACUUGGGGAUCUGUCGGUCAACAGAUGACAAGGAAGGAAUCGGGAAAGCUUGUGAUGCAAUAGCAAAGUCAUUUGCAAGGGAGGGCCGAGUAGAGGAGAGCAUAGCGUACCUCAAGCAGUUUGUGGAGGUGGCAGAGAGGAGCGGACAGGAACAGGCAUACAGCAAGGCCUGCCACAACCUGGGAAACAUCUACAACACACUGGGGAAAUAUGAUGAAGCCACAAAGUACUUUGACAAAGCCUACAACCUGUCAAGGUCGAUGGGUGAAACAGCCUCUAUCAACGUGAACCGUGUACAGUACGGCGUAGCCAUGGCCCAUCGCAUGCUGCAGGCAGUCGGCAGCCAUAUUGUGACCAACUCUCUGCCAGCCCUUGAAAGGCUUAUAGAGUGGAAGAGCUCGAGGGUGGAUGAGUUUGAUAGACCCUUCCCAGAACCAAGAAUGGAAACACGGCGUUCUUCAGAGAAAGAUUCCUCUUCUAAGUCUGAAAAGUCGUACAACCGGGAGGAGUCGUCUGUGAGCGCUGGACCGGAUCAGGAACCCAGACCUUCAUCGACUGCUGGAAGUGACAACCAAACAGAAUGAAUCAGGCCUCCCUCUUGUGUACACUAAAUUCAUUUCUUGAAAACAGGAGUAUUAUAAUUGCCAUUGCAAAUGAAAGAUUAAAACACAUAAAAUUUUGUUGUUACCUUUCAGUUUUAAAAAUUAAAAGAAUGUACCAAGUAUUCUUGAUCAACUUUAUUAAACAUUGUAUUGGUGGUUUGAAUCAAUAUGUUUAUGAAUGAAAAUAAAUAAGGUGAAAAUAUUAUGAUUUGUAGAAUAAUCAGUUUGUUGUUGGAUUAGAUCAAAUGUUAAAAGACACUAUGUUAAUGCAGUCUCAACAUACUAAUCCAUAUGAUGUUCUACUUACCGGUAUUAUUACAUUUUCUUAUGUGAGACAUUUCAUACGGAUUGGUAUCUACAAGUUCAGCUGUGAUAAUUAAUUGUUGGGUCUAUUUUGGAUAUAUUAAGAUGCUUCUUUCAACUUUAUUAUGUUUGAAGUAUUAUUAAAUUUACAUCUUGAAAAUACAGUGCUGCAUAUUUUAUUAAAGAAUCUGUGAUACGAAUGUAUUUUUUAUGUUAUGUUAUUUCAAAUAUUUGGGGAAAAACACAUGGUCAUUUCUACAUGUAUUUUCCUUAAUCAUCUAUUGCAAGAACUAAAUUGUUGAUAUGAUGUUUAAAAUGUCUAUGAAUCACCACUAUGUUAUUUAUCAUAUUGUAUUAUAGUAACUUAAAGUGAGUUUAACUGUGUUGACAGACUUCUAUUUUAAUGGAAAAAAAAUGCACAAUAAAAAUGUGGUUGCCAAUCACUCUGCUAUAUAUUUUUACUUCACAUGUAUAUCUAUAUGUGUAUUAUUAAUAUCCUGAAGUCGUGUUAAUAGCCAUGUCAACAUUUUUGCAACUAAAAUUAUUAGAUAUAUUGGUUAAAUACCAAUGAAACUGGUUGGGAAUUAUAUGUAAGCAGCUGCCCUCUAUUAUUCUGUAAAUUUGUCCAUCAAUAUCAUUGUGGCAAUCUAUCUAUAUAUCUAUACUGUCUAACUCCCCUUGCGGGUAUUAUUGACAGGUAAUCUAUUUUGGAAUGUAUUUAUUCCAUACAUUUUUAAGCGGAGUACAUGGUCUUGUUUUUAGUUAAUUAAAAACAAUUAUUUAUUUCUGUUCAUUUUUGUAAUUUAUUCUCUUUUUCUGUUCAACAUAAAUAGACAUGUUAAUAAAAUACUGUACCUCAACUUGUGAUAACACUACAACAUUUGGUAUGCCUUCUCAUAUAAAAAUAAGAUGGCAUAUUGUUUUGCAGUUAAUGGGUCUGUUUGUCUGUUUAAAUUUUUCUGUUACAGGCCAUCAGUAUGGGAUUGCAGUCAUUCCCCUUUUGUUUGUUUUAUCAUUGCAAUUAAUUAUACCGAUAAUUGUAUACAGAUAAAUGGAACAAUUUCCAUUCAUGUUUGUAGUUGUUUGUAUUAUGUUUGUAUAUUAAAGGAAAAUACAUGAUCACUCCUAAA